AUGAGUUACGAAGAAAUUGAUAAAUCAGUCUAUAGUAACGAUGUAUUUACUAAUGGUGCAAAAGGACGUUAUUCAAAAGCUGAACAUACAUCAGAAACAUCAACCAAAACAGGUGAAAAAAAGAAACGAGCACCAAAACUUCCGCCAUCAGCUGUUGAUGACUUAGCUGAACAUCCAUAUGAAAGUGCAUAUACUGAUGAAGUUGUUAAAACAAAAAAGAAGAGUCGUAAAACUCAUGAAAAUAGUGGCAUAGAAAAUGAACCUGAAACUUCUCAACCAACUCCGUCGAUGGAUGGUGAACCUGUUGUUAAAAUAAAGAAAAAACGUGCACCAAAAGUUGAAGCAAACAUCGAAAAUAUUGAUCCGUUGCCUACAGAUGAAGUCGAACCUGUAAAAAAGAAGAAAUCGAAAGCACCAAAAGCAGUACCAACUGAUGGAGAUUUUCAAACGAUGGAUAAUCCAACAAUGAAUGAAUUAGAUCCAACGGCAGAAAUGACACCAAAAGUUAAAAAACCAAAAAAACAUAAAUCAAAUAAAUCAAUAGAUCCUUCGAUAGAUACAUUCGAUAGUAACAAUUAUGGUGAUUAUACUAAUGCAGGUAUUUAUUUAUUCAUUUAA